AUGAUGACAAAUAUCAAUGAAUUACCAAUACCAGUUUUAAUUAAAUUAUUUGGAUUUGUAAAUAAAAUUAAUAGCUCAAGUUAUUGGUUUGUAAAUUAUACAUUAGUAUGUAAAUUAUGGACAACCCAAAUUUUACCAACAGCAUGGAAUGAAAUGACCAUUGCAACCAGUCAACCAGCUGAACCAUUAAUUGAAUACAGUGAAGAUGGUAUAUUAUCACAAUUUCCAAGUACAACAUCAGAACCAUAUAAAUUUAAUAAAUUAGUGAUGAGAGUUGGUAAAGUUAGUGAAUAUAUUGACAAGAUUAAAUCUUUGACAACUAUUGAUUUAAGAAAUAAUUCAUCAACCAAUUAUGUAAUUGAUAGAUUAGCCGAAGCAUUAAAGUCCAAUAAAACUUUAACCUAUUUAAAUCUUUACAACAAUAGAUUAAUGCAAAAGGGUGGUACAUCAAUUGCAAAUGCAAUGAAAAAGAAUCAAUCGAUUACUCAUUUAGAUUUAGGUUUAAAUUUAUUGGGUGCAAAUGGUGGUAAUGCAAUUGCCGAUGCAUUAAAAGUUAAUAAUACUUUGGUACAUUUAGAUCUCUCAAGUAAUCAAUUAGGUCUUCGUGGUGCUGGACCAGUUGUUGAAGCUUUAAAAAUCAAUAAAUCCAUUAAAUAUUUAAUAUUAAAUUCAAAUCAAUUACGUGAUGAAUGUUCAUUACCAUUGGCCGAUAUUUUACGUUCAAACAUUGGUUUCAUUGAAUUGGCAUUGAAUGAUAAUGAAAUUGGUUCAAAAGGUGGUAUUGCCUUGGCAAAAAUGUUAAAAUCUUCAAAAGUUUUAACAAAGUUAGAGUUUGGUAAGAAUGAAUUAGGUGAUGAUGGUGGUUUAGCAAUGGCCGAUGUGUUAAAGAAUAAUAAAAAUAUUAAAGUCGUCAGAUUAAAUUGGAAUAAAUUGGGUGUGAAAGCAAUUAAAGCCCUCUCUGAAUCAUUUAAAACCAAUUCAACCAUCAUCCAAUUGGAUCUUAGUUUUAAUAAUUUCGGUGAUGAAGGUUUAGUUUGUCUCUCUGAAUCAUUCAAACAAAAUAAAUCAAUUCUUUCAUUGGAUCUCAGUAGAGUUGCCUCUGGUUUGGUAGGUCAUAAAGCAUUGGCUGAUUCAUUACGUGUUAAUAAUACCAUCCAAACAUUAGAUUUAACAAAUUGUAAAAUUACAAAUGAAGGUGGUGUCGAAUUGGCAAAAUCUUUAGUUGACAAUAAAUCAAUUUCAACUUUAAUCUUAAAUAAUAAUACUUUCUCAAAAGAUACCGUUUCAGAAUUAGCUAAAACUCUUGAAUCAAAUUCAACCAUUACUUCACUCUCCUUAGUUCAUAAUCAAUUAACUAUUGACGGUGUUGAAGAUUUAUUCAAAUCUUUAUCCACUUCCACUAAUAAAUCCUUACAAACUUUGGAUUUAACUAAUAAUCUUUUGGGUUCUGAUGGUGGUAAUAUCAUUGCUCAACAUUUAACAAAAUCAAAUCUCUCUGAACUUAUCCUUACAAAUAAUCAAUUAUCAUCUCAAGGUGCCUCCUCAAUCUUAAAUGUAUUACCACAAUCUAAUUUACAAACUUUAGAUAUCUCUAAUAAUUCUAUUGAACCUGAUGUUGCCACUUCAUUAUGUUCUGCAAUUUCAAAUAGUCAAAUUUUGAAGUUAAAUAUCUCUACAAAUAAACUCGACGAUACUGUUAUCCCACCUUUAAUUCAAGCAAUUCAAACUAAUCAAUCACUCAUUAGCAUUCAAAUCUCUGCAAAUCAAUUUUCAAAAGAAUCAAAUAAUAAAUUAUUAUAUUCAAUUCAACAAAAUAAAUCAAUUUAUUAUUAUGAUUUAGUUGAAGAAAUUUAA